AUGCGUAGUCAAAUCAUGGAAGAUUAGUAGAAAUGCCAUUAGGGUGUAGGUGACCCUUCCCUUCUAGUAUAUUAUCCACAAUUAUAUAUAAAUAAAUUGGUAUACGUAUAAUAAUAAUGUAUAAGUAAUUAUAUAUAGGGCCCCUAUCCCGAGUGCAUGUCACCAUGUGCGAGUAUGUAUGUAUGUCACCAAUUUGAUUGCAACUUUUUAAAUUUAGUAGAAAAAUAUAUAAUUAAUUAGUUACAGGGAAAAAAUGAAGAAAAAAAUAUAAAAUUAAUUAUAAGAAAUUAAUUAAUUAAUAAUAAAAGUAUAAGUUGA